AUGAGGUUUGACGAGAUCCUGGAUGAAGUUGGCGGCUUCUCCAAGUUCCAGUUCCUGGUGCUGUUUCUCCUCUGCCUCCCCCGAGCCAUCCUCCCCCUCCACUUCCUCCUGCACAACUUCAUCUCUGCCACUCCUCCACACCGCUGUGCCCUUGGGACCCUGGAGGACACCAACCUGGACCCAGAAGUGCUAGCCCUCAGGAUCCCCCAUCCGGAUGAAAGCUCUGUCAGCUCCUGUAGAGUCUAUGACCCCCUGCUGACCUUUGACCUGAGCCAGGGAAACAGGACAGCACCUUGUCAACAUGGAUGGAUCUACGACAGGUCGCAGUUUAGCUCCACAACCGCUACCGAGUGGGAUCUGGUGUGUGACAACAAACGGCUGAAUCAAGCUCUCGCCACAUACUUCUUCCUCGGGGUCACGUUCGGAGCAAUUCUCUUUGGACAGCUCUCCGACAGGUUUGGUCGUAAGUCAAUGCUUCUGGUGGCUUUAAUUGCCGCCACCAUGCUGGGAUUCACUUCGGCCUUCUCCACCUCCUACAUCAUGUUCGCCCUGUCCAGAGCGCUGUGUGGUGUGGCCCUCAGCGGGCUGUCAAUCAUCGGAGUUGUCCUCGGUAUUGAGUGGACGGACGUGAAGCACCGUACGUUCACUGGCACUGUCAUGAGUUUGUCUUGGAGCGUGGGCAACAUGUUCCUGGCGCUGCUGGCCUACUUCAUUCGAGACUGGAGACACCUGACGCUGGCGGUGACGGCGCCCUGCAUCAUUGCCAUCAUCUCCUGGUGGUGGCUGCCUGAGUCGGCUCGCUGGCUUCUGGCCAACGGCCGAGUGGAGGAAGCUCAGAAGCAUCUGGUUCAGUGUGCUGCGAUGAACGGCAAGAACACGACCAAACUGAACACUGAGGCUUUGGGGAAAGUGACAGUGUCUGAAGGAGCUGAGAAGAAUCCCUCGUACCUGGAUUUGGUCAAAACUCCGCAGCUGAGGAAGAUCACCCUCUGUUCCGGAUUAUUCUGGUUUGCUGUUGCCUUCCUGUACUAUGGUAUAAGCUUCAGGAUCUCAGGUUUCGGUGUCAGUAUCUACCUCACACAGUUUAUUUAUGGCGCCAUUGAAGUUCCCGCCAAAAUCCUCAGCUUCUUCGUCCUGGACUGGAUCGGCCGCAGGAAUGGCCAGGCGUGGUUUCUGAUCAUAACUGGAACCCUAAUAGGAAUAAACACAGCCAUACCUUUAGAGUUCUCUGUGCUUCGCACCUGUAUCGCUGUGGUAGCGAAGGGAUUCUCUGAGGCGGCUUUCACCACUGCCUUCCUCUACUCAGCAGAACUCUACCCGACAACCCUUAGGCAGUGUGGUUUGGGCUACACUUCCUGUCUCUGUCGGAUCGGAAGCGCCCUGGCUCCCAUGAUUAUGCUGCUGGAGGACGUCUGGCUUCUUUUGCCGCCGCUGAUCUUCGCCGGGACUGGUAUCAUCAGUGGCAGCUUUGUCUUCCUGCUCCCAGAGACGCUUAAUGUCCGUUUACCCGAAAACAUCAUGGAUGUGGAAGAGGGAAGACACCGGCAGAGAGACGCAGGGGAAGAUGCAAAGAUGGAGCUGAAGGACUCGGACACCAGAGACACGAACAUGUCACAAGAAAACUGA